UUAUAUACCCAGUUGAUUACUGCGCUCUGCAGGGGAGGGCCUCCUGCAGAUACCAUCUUAUCAGGAGGUCUGUUGCUCUCAAAAGAGGAAGUGGACCUUUAGCGUUCUGGCAUCGACUCUUUGGAAUUCCCUCCACUUUAGACAGUCACCAUCUCUAUUAUCUUUUCAGUGGCUACUGAAGACCUUCCUCUUUCAACAAGCCUUUUAAGUGGAGACCUUAUCCCAGUUUGCAUCUGUUUUGGAAUUGCUUUUAAACAUGUUUUAAAAUAUUUUUUUAAAAGAUGUAUAUUUUAAAAAUAUUUUUAAUAUGUUUUGUUUUUGAGAUGUUUUGAAAUUGUUAGCGUUUUGUUCUUUGCUUGCCGCCCUGGGCUCCUUCUGGGAGGAAGGGCGGGAUCUAAGUUUAUUAUUAUUAUUAUUAAUAUUAAUAAUAAUAACAACAACAACACCUAUUAUAUUUCUGUGAUUCAAAAACAAAUCUCCAUACUAUCAAAAUAUUUUUUAAAAUAUUAACAUACAGUGACAUCCAAUGAUACUGGUCCACUUGUGCAACAGAAGUUCUGGUUUCUUUCUCCCCCCUCCACCCCUCUGUGUGUCCUCCAAAAAUCUGCUUUAAAGGGCCCCCCAACCAGCUGGAGAUUUUGGGGAUGGAGGGUGUUGCAGGAGAGAGAAAGGGGGGGCAAAGCCCUGUUGCACAAAAGGAAGCCCACUUACACUAUGCUGGAUCUCACCCUUUUUAAGCAAACGUUUCACUUUUGGAUUCUUAGCUGAUAGGCUAAAUAAGGAUCCAUGUAUUUUUGAAUGCAUAUGCAAACCAUCUCUUAUAUAUAGGAUAAUGUAAUUAUAUAUGCAUUAGCAUUAUGGACUGAGGCUAUAGUUCCCUAUAUUUUUGUACUUUUGGCCAUUACGAGCUAUCUACUGUCAUGUAUAUAUGUUUAACAAUCAGUGAUGUUGGAAUAUGGCUAAAAUACAAGCCAGGUUUUGUGCUUUACUAUCUACUGUCCACCCACCUUAAUCCCCCCAAUACUGGGCAGACAGCCAAUGUUUACACCUUGGCAAGUGUAAAUGAAGAGAUAAGACAGCCUUAGUUUCAUUUUAAGGCAACAGCUGUCCUCAGAGAUUGCAGUACUGUGUUCAGAUCUCAGACUGAAGUAGCAGAUACAGUCCACAUGUUAGUGUAAAUGUCAGAUAGAGGCAGUGUUUAGAAGGGAACAUGUGAGAUAAACAAAUGCUAUAAAAGACAAACGGCCGUAGAGAUCUGGGUCAGUUGUCCUGACAAUGGCGGAAGACAAAAGAGAACAUCUGCUCUGGAUAUCGAGAUCCACACACAAGGGAACAGCCAUAGAAGCAUGGAAUAGACUCAGAAGUGGUGACUAAUCUUCACAUGAGCCCUUGGCGAUCGAACGUUUGGGCUGACUUUCUGCCUGCUAGAGACCACUCUCAUUGGCCAAAGGAUUGAAAACGCUGGGCAAUGAGCUGGUUGGCCGGUCGCGGCUUUGCGAAUGCAACUCGAGUCGUUGCUCUGAUUGGCCCAUGCAACGCUCCUUGCCCCUCCGUAGUUCUUCCACUACCCGAAUGGGGCUGGACUGGAUUGGUUUUGGCUAUGCAGCCUUAGUGGCUUCUGGUGGGAUGAUUGGCUAUGCAAAAGCAGAGACGCCUGUUGCAGGUUUUGCUGCUGAGAGCAGCAGUCAGUUAGUGCGGCCACUUGAGUCACAGCUUGUUGAUCCUGAGGAGGCAAAACUAGAAAGUGAGGUUCAGAAAGGAGGCCCUGUGCACAAGGAGGAGGAGGGCAUGAAGCAGUGCCAGUUGCCCACAGCCACAUCUGCAGAACAGCAAGUACCAUGGUUUGGCUUUGAGAAAGCUUGUACAUUUGUGAGCCAGAGUGGGAAAAAUGUUGUUGUACGAUGCAAUUACUGCCUUCCAAGGAUCAAAAAUCUGAGAUCAGCUGUUUCCUCCUCAUCCAAUGUGAAGAAACAUUUUGAGAGGGCACACCCUGAGAAGCUGAGAGCAAUUGAAGAAGCAAUAAAGGCAAGGAGACGUGGCCUUCCUGAACCAAUGCAUGACACCCCUCCUCCCAAAAUGCUGAAGCAGCAGCAGACAACGCUUGAGAGGUGGGGAUCUGGCAGGGAGCCUGUCACCCAGAGCAAUCUCGACAGGAGAAUCAUUGAUUUCAUUGUAGAGGAGACAUUACCACUUCAAACUGUGGACAAACCAUCAUUCAUUAAUCUGGUUCGCAUUGGACUCCCCAAAGAUCUCACCAUCAUAUGUGCCAAGACUCUGAGAGACAGAAUUGAGAAGAGAGCAUGCCACAUGAGAGAAACUCUUGCAAACCGAAUGGGUGCUGUGGCAUAUAUAGCAACCACUGCAGAUUGUUCGACCAAUGGCAAGAAGAGUUCCUUUGGGGUAACAGCCCACUGGAUCAACCCAACUACCCUGAAACGUGAGGUCGGGGCCUUGGCUUGUAAGUGUCUGAAGGGGCGCCAUACAUACAAUGUCCUUUCAAAAGCACUGCAUGAUGUACAUGUGCAGUACAGGAUCCACAACAAAGUUAUGUGCACUACUACAGACAAUGGCUCCAACUUUGUGAAAGCGUUCAGAGUUUUCAUGGCCAAAGAACCAGUGGAAGCUGCAGGCACCAGUGACGAUGAUGGUGAUAACCAGGAGGAGGAGGAGGCUGAGGUGGAGUUUGUGCCUAUCUGUGAGAUCCUGGACACAGGACCUGAGGCAGAGGAAGAAGCUGCAGACUCAGGAGAGGAUUUUGUUUUACCACCACACCAGAUAUGUGCUAGCCACACCCUCAACCUUGUGGCAACACAAGACAUAGAGGCCAUGCUUUCUGACUCCUCCAAAAGUAGUCUUCUUGGUCCUUUCAAGAAACAGUUUCGUUCCUUGAUGGGAAAGUGCAGCAAGUUGUGGUCCAAGCAGAACCAGUCAGCCCAGAUUGCUGAGUAUAUCCAUGUGCAAUGUGGUGUGUAUCUGAAGGUACCGAAUAAGACCAGGUGGAAUUCCACCUUUGAUGCGUUGAAGCAACUACAUGAGCUCCUGUCAACUGUGCCACUAAAAAUGCAUGCCAUAAUGGACCGCUGCUCCUUGUCCAGGAUCACAGCUGCUGAGAUUGAAGUGGUACAGGAAUACAAAGAGAUUAUGGAGCCACUAGCCCAGUCCCUAGAUAUCCUGCAACGGGAGAACGGCAUGUUCAUGGGGUAUUUGCUACCAACGCUCUGCAAUCCGGACCGCAAGUUAGAAGGACUGGAAAACAAACCUGAGAGGUACACAUACUGUUUUCAGCUGCUGAGAGGUGUGCGCGAAGCCCUAAGAAAGUGGUUUGCAGCUAUCUGGGAGGACAAGAGGCUUCUUCUGGCAGCCUGCCUACACCCUCGCUUCAAACUAGAUUGGCUGGAAUCGUGUCAGGCCACCACCCAUACCAACAAAUACACAAUGGAAGCCUUGCUGAAAGCUGAAAUAAAGAUGGGUGUACUUAAUGAGGACAGUGAUCAGUCUUCAGAUAAAGACCAGGAAGGAGAUGACUUAGAAGAUGACUUCUUUAACUUUCUGCCCCAGGGCAAGAAGUCAGCUGUGGACACUGCUGAGGAGGAACUGAGCGCAGAGAUUGCAUUUUUCUCUCCAUGGCAUUUUUCUACAAGUGAAUAAUUUAACAAGGAAGGUCUCUCAAGAAUUGACAGUAGCAGUACUGCAACAAAAGCCCUUCAGGACAUAUUAUUCUCUGGGCUUGCAUGUUUAAUUUCCAUUAACCUUGAUGGAAAACGUAUGUAUUGAUUUGUGAUGAGACUUUUCAUGUGACAGGGCUUUCAUCUGAUCCUCUUACAUCUUGAGUAGUUGAAAUGAUGGUUAGGCACAUAUGACUGUUGAGGUUAGAGAGCAAGCAAAUCAAAAGAAAAAGCAUGUAAGCAGAGGCCUUGUGGAUCAAAAGGAAAAGGAGGGAAGCAGGCACCUUCUGAUUUUUAAGGUACUUGGGAGAAGGCCUCUAAAGAAACAUUUGAAUUCUAGCACUGGCCUUUUACUCCCAAGGACAUUAUGAAGCACACUUAUUAUGAAAAUAACAAAUCCUUCUGCAUCAUUCCAGUGGCAUUGAUGGAAUGAAGAUGAAAUCACUAGACAAAAAAAAAAUUCAAGACCUGUUAAAAAAUGCCCUUGAUGCGUCAAGUCCAAUUAGGUUUGACCUGCAAAUGGAACAAGUGGUGUUUGAAGUCAGUACUGAGUGUACCCUUAAGUCUCAUUUAUGGAACUCUUCAAGGGUAGCCAAAGGUGGUGACAUUUCAUCAAUUUUGUUUGCAGGUCACCUCUUUAUAUAUAACCUGAUAAUGGGACUAGAAGCAGCCUCCUGAGCCACUUUCCUAGAAUAUCCUUUGCCAGAGUAAAAUAUUAAUGGCUUAUUUUAAAGGACACCCAAAUGAAUGUUGAGUUAACACCGAAGUAAAUGUAAUUUUGCAUUAGAAGGUUGUGGGGAGAUGACAGAAAGAGCAGAGAGUUUUGUUUUUGUUUUUAAAAAGAUGGAUUUGUAUUUCUGGUUUGUAGGCAACCUGGAUCCAAUGCCAAACUUUGGUUUGAUCAAACCAUAAAGUGAGGGAGGGAAUUAGAAUGCACAAGGGGAGGGGAGAGCAUGCAAGUUCAACACUUGGACAAAAACAAACCACAAUUUGCUGUUACACAUGAAUAAUGUCUUCAUCUUUGAGGAGAUGACUAAUCCCAGUAGUCUUUUGUAUCAGUACAUUCACCAUUCAGUUAUUUAAAAAGGGGAAUUUAAAUAGUUGGGGUAAAUCUUACUUUGUACCCAGACGGCAUAUAUAAUUAUUAAGUCAGCAUGGAAAAUGGAAAUAGUGGAUAUGAAAUAUUUUGUAAGUCAGGACUUAUCAUGUUUUUCAGACAUAGGAUAUGAAUACCAACAGGCAACAUGGCACUUAUUUUUAGUUUUACAAUAUAUGAUCAUCUUUCUCUUCUGUUUUUAUCCUGCUCUACCUUCCUUGGUCUUUGCUUACCAAAAUCUUGAAAGAAAAUGGUGGUGCCACUGGUGCAACCCACCUCGUUUUGCCUUAUUUGUGGAUCUCAUUCCACCAGUUGAAGACUAGUGCUACAUGACAUCAAAUCAAUUAAAAUCUUAAAAACUGAAAAUUGCUUACAACAGGAUGACUUUUACUGGUUAGGUUUCUGUAUUCAGUGUAUAUCUCCAGCUUAACCAACACCACUUAUUUUAUU